AUGGGUAAGCUUGGGAAGAAAGCUAGGAAAUUUGGCAAGAAAAAUCUUCAAUCUGUUGAGAAGCGAAAUCGGAAGCAGAAGCCUUUUCUCAAACGGAAAUUCGCAAAAAGAGAUGGACAAAGAGAAGGGAAAAAUGUAGAGGAGAAGAAGAAGAUAGAACCGCCACAUAAGAAGAGAUGUAUUGAAGAAAAUCCUUGGGAUAUAUUCAUAGAUGCGGUGUUCAGUAAGGACAAAAAUGAAGCUCUCGACUAUGGUGAUUCAGAUAGUGAUGGAUAUCUGGCUGAGGACUCUGACUUGACAAUUGCAGUUGUGAAGGGAACAGAAGGUAAAAUCAGUGAUAAUAAGAUGUCGAUGCAGAGCAAGGAGAGUCUGUCAGAACUUAAAAAACAGAGGAGGAAACUUGCUAAAUUGAAUGAAAAGUUGGUUGAUGAAGGUGGCUCAGAUAUAAUGAAGCGCAAAGUACUUUCCGGAUCUGUUUUAAGCUCUUGCUGUGACCUAGUUGAUGAGGAGCAGUCUGUUCAAGCAUUAACUAGUUUGUUAAAUUGGUAUCGAGCUGCAUGUCAUUAUGGCCAGGAACCAUCAGGAAUUACUAAGCCUGAUAUAUACUAUGACAUAGAAGACAGUGAGACAUUUGCCAAUGUCAUGAUUUUUGUGCUCCAGAAAGCUGAUCAGACUUGCAGGAAUAUGCUGGGAAUAUCAGGCACCAGUAAUAAGGAGAAGAUUUUGAAGUUGAAGAACAACCCAAAAUGGGAUAGUGUGCAACCACUGAUCAAAUCUUUCUUAAGAAGUACCAUGCAUCUUGUUCAGCAUGGUGCAGAUUUGGAGAUAAUAGUCUUUGCUCUUUCCCAGCUUAGAGUUUCUAUCGUAUUUUUUGCCGCAUUUCCAGAUUUGCUGAAAAAGUUGAUCAAGAUUUCUAUUCAUCUGUGGGUAACUGGUGAAGAGACUCUAUCGCAGCAGACUUUUCUAAUCUUGAAAGAGAUCAGUAUGGUUUUUAACUCAGAAUGCUUCGACACCUGCUUAAUCAACAUGUACAAAGCCUAUCUACAUGAAUGCGAUAUUCCAAAGGAAUAUUCAGAACAACAUGUGCUGUUCCUCAGAUAUUCUCUUGUUGAGUUGUGCUCUCGAGAUAUGCAGAAGUCUUAUACCAAGGCCUCUGUUUCUAUUACACAACUUGCCAAGUUAUUGAAGAUGGCUCUCACUACAAAGAAUAAGGAAGCUGUCGAGAAGAUACAUAGUGGGCAGUACACAAAUUGUGUUGAUCUCUGGGUGAAUUUUAUCGCUGCCAACGUUCAGGAUUGUGAUCUCCAGCCUCUACUUUAUACUUUAGUUCAGGUUAUAAGUGGAGUUGCUAAACUAUUUAUUGGACCACGGUACCUGCUCCUAAGGAUUAAAUGUAUCCAAUGGCUCAAUCAACUCUCACGAACAAGCGGUAUAUUCAUUCCGGUAGCAUCGUUGGUAUUGGAUAUGUUGGAAUAUAAUACCACAAAUGAAGGUGAAAAGCAACGAAUGAAGCUUGAAGCUGUUUCAACCGUAAAGCUACCAAAGAAUUGGUUAAAGUCCCAAAAUUUUCAAGAGCGGUGUAUCUUUUCCGUAAUUGAACUGCUUGCUGGCCACUUUGCUCAAUGGAGCUUCCACAUAUCAUUUCCAGAGCUUGCUACCAUUCCAGUCAUGAGGCUAAAGAAAUUUAUCGAGAGAAGCACUAUGGAAGGGUUGAAGCGUGUGGUGAAACGCUUUAUCGAUCAGGUAGAGUUGAAUAUCGAGUUUGUGCAAAGGAUGAGAGACGAUGCGGCGUUCUCUCCAAACGAUCAACAAUCUGCAGAAACGUUUCUGCAGCUUGAAAAGCGGAGUACGAAUGCUCCUUAUACACAAUACUAUCAAAGCAUCGUAGAGAAAGCUCUUGGAACAAAAAAGAAGAAGUGA